UAACAAGUCUCCGUUUACUACGCACAACUCAAUGCCGCUCUACCUUAAUUAUACCUUCGGCGUGGGACUCCCAUAUAGACUGCGAGCAGGUUGCGCAUUCGCAAGAGAUGUGCUGGAACAAUACGUUGAUGGAAAUUGUGAGGCCCAGGAACGUCGAGUUGUAGUGAGAGCCGCCCCAUUAGCGGGCAGACGCUGGCAUGCCUAACCACUUGCGCGCGUGCCGUUUAGCGUUAUAUGAUAUCCCAUCUCUACCCAACUCAUUACCAUAGACCUAAAUGCCUAGCAAAGCCGCUUCGUCCAUGACGUACAAUACGUAGAG